UCUUGGGACGCAGGGCUGAAGGAUGACGUAGGUUUACAGGUGCAGAGGGCGAGUCAGGAGUUGCGGAGGGAGGGAGAAGAACGUAGAAAUACUGAAAGAGACCGUGGGGAUGUAUGUGUGUAUACUAUAAUCGGCGCUGCAGGUACAGCGACAGACAGAGGCUACAGCUUUCCGUCCCAGUCGGGGAACACCAUCUCCCGAACCCCGGAGAUAUUCAAUUUCUCCUCAAAAUGUCUGGUGGAGGAGAAGUCCGUGUGCUCCGCCAGGAGGCUGGGCAGGAGAGCCCGAGGAUGCCGGCCUGGAAACGAGAGAUUCUCGAGCGGAGGAAAGCAAAGGGCGGCGCGUCUGGAGCAGGUGCAACUGAGCCUUGCCCUAGCGCGAUCUUAUCGCUGGUUAAUGGCGAAGUAACGGGAAACAGCAGCGCCUCAAAAACAGACAAUGGAACCAGUGCUAAUUCAGUUCGGAACUACACCAUCACUCCAGCGAGCCAGCAUUUUGCAGGCAAGCGUGGCAGCGCCCCCACCUCCCCAGAGCUCUCGCCGGUGAAAACAAACAAAGACCCCUGGACUGCCACCGACCCUUAUGACUCGGAGAAAACGGUAAGCGAUGGCGAGGGACAGGAAAGCCUGGUUCUGCAGGACAGUCUAGGCCCAUUGCAGGAGAACCCCUUCAUCAAACUGGAGAAGGAGCGAAAGAAACAACAGGACAGGGAGAACGCCACUCGUCCGGUUCAGCACAUACUGGAAUUGUAUGGCAGUGUUCCUGGAAUUCGGACUAUACGCGCUGAGAAUAUAAUUAUCAUAGAAUCCGAUCCGGAUUACUUUCCGGAGGCGAGUGGAAUAAAAAGCGAGUCUUAUCAGCAGCAGAAUGGGGUGAGCAGUUACAGCUCCCUCAACGACCUCUUGGACCGGAGAGGCAGUGGGGUUACCGAGAUACGMGCAAAGGAGGUGGUCAUUUAUGACACUGCACUAAGCCGGAGCGAGGAGAAUUUGAGCACGUUGGGUCGUCCUGGUCACGAGGCCGCAUUCGAGACAGGAGAGGGUCAUGGCAGGGUGAGCCGCAUGCUGCAGAAAUUCGACAGCAACUAUGGAAAAUUGCAACCCAAGUCUCGCAGCACAGAGAACCUCCUGGACUUGGAAACCAGUUCAAGCAGGCCAAGACAACGACCCAAGCCACAGCCAGAUCUGGUGCCAAAAUACAAGUCACAAGCCCAGCCUAGCUCACCAGUCCGCACCCUGGGUAACUCACAGUUGUCAUCCUCAGUCUUCCUGAGCUCCCAGUCUUCCAAACCAAAGCCACAGCCCCCUCUCUGUGAGCCUGACAGCACCACUUGCUCUGCUGGACCCGCUCAGUCAGUGUCUUCCUACCGCCAGCAUUUUGAGGUGAGUGGGGGCCGCAGUUCGGUGGUCAACCCCAUAGAGGAGGCAGAGGGGUCCCAGACCAAGCCUUUCCGAGAGAGAGACUGGGAGAGCACAGAGGUGCCCUCCAAACCCAAGGUGCCAUUCUCUCCGGAUACUAGCCGUGUCGAGUCCCCCUCCAGUCCCACCACACCCCCGAUGUCUCCCCCCUCGCCUGGAUUCGAGAUCUGCCCCUCACCCCGCCCUGAUCUCUCCCUGCUGCCGGCCGGGGACAUCCAGGCCCGUGCCCUUGCCAACCUGCGUCUCCAAUCCCGCAACUCCUUCACAGUCUUCCCCAAACGCCACAGAGCCGCCGCCUCCCCGGGCAGCACGGCCCCCUCCAGCCCCAUUAAGUCUCCUCCCUCCCAGAGAGUGGCAGAGAUGCCCACCCCAGGAGUGCCAACCCCUGUCACCCCUCCGCCCAACCCAGCAGUCUCCAAGAGUAAAGAGGAAGAACGGGACGAGGUGAGGGCAGCCGGGCUAACCAAACCAGACCCACCCACCAUCACUGCGACCCCCUCCCCUCCAGCACCCUUCCCAGUCCCCUCUGUCCAGUCAACACCUCCAGAGGAAGCCCCGGCUGACCAGCUACCUGUCACCAACAUAGAUGACAUAGACGUGGACCCCUCGCAGCCUGUUGCCCCCAGCCCCACUCCAGUGGUGCAGAGGCGGAAGGGGAAUACCUUCACUGUGGUGCCUAAACGUAAGUCAGAGCCUCAGCCUGGCUCUCCAGAGCCCCAGGAGCCUUCCGGAGGGGCCCAGACACCCUCCACGCCACCACAGGCCCCUUACUCCCAGUUGGGCUCACUGCUGAAGAAGCGCUACCCUGCCGUGGAGGAUAUCGAGGUCAUCGGUGGGUACCAGUCCCUGGGACGCUCCUGCCUGACCAGGACAGGCUCCACUGGCAAAAAGCUGAAUAUCUCGUUCAACGAGUCAAGCAUCCAAAGCACCUAUGAGUACCCCUCCGAGAGCAGCGUAUGGGACAGCGAAGAGGAGGAUGAGGAGGACGUGAAGGGAGGAGAAGAAGAAGAUAAGCCCAGCAUGGUGGGCCGUAUCCACAUCCCUCGUCCAAGCUUCACCAGUUCCCCAUCUCACACAAGCAACAGCACUGAUCUGUCCAGUUACAUUCCCAAGCACACUGUGGAUUUUAACACCUGGCAGGAACAUAAGCUUGAUGACCCUGUUUACCAGGGGGCCACCAAUUCCCAGCACGCACAGAUGUCAGAGGAAGUUAUGCUCACCCCAGCAGAUAGCUCCUCUCUGUCAGACUUCAACAGUGAACCUGCGCUGUACUUCUGAUUUGCCUGGACCAAACAGGACUGACCACUGCCCUCCAGAACCAGCAGCCGGAACCACAACCCCCACCUGGGACCAGUGAGACUUAGCAGAACUGGACAUCAAAUCGCACUUCAAAGCACUCCUCUUUUUCAAGUUUAGUUUGACACCCAGACAUCAACCAACCAAUCAACCACCAUUCAAGCAGCUGGACUGUCCUCACCUUACCUGUACAGUUGAUCUGUGUUUCCCCUCCACCUACUUUCAUUGACUGCCAUUGAGCAGUGAAGUCUGAACCGGAUCUGACAGACUGUAUUUGAUUGUCAAAAUAAAUCAAGAGUUUAAGAUAAACAUGCAUUAUAAUGCAGUUUCCCAGGCUUACGGUCUCCAGAAGAAGCCAAUCUGUCUGCCUCAAUGUCUCUAUCUCUAAGGCUGUGUUUUACGGGAAGCCCAAUCCUUAUUUUUUCUCUCCAUUAAUUAGUCUUUUGAACAAUCACAUCAGAUCUUUUUAUAUCAGAUCUUUUUCAGAGCU